AUGAUGCUCUUUCUACUCUUUGUAGCCCUACCCAUCAUUCUUAUUUUACUUCUUUCUAAAGCCAAAAACAUUGGAAAAAACACACUGCCACCAGGUCCUAUAGGCCUACCAUUCAUUGGAAAUUUGCAUCAAUAUGAUACUUUGAACCCUCAUCUCUAUUUUUGGAAACUUUCUCAAAAAUAUGGAAAAAUCUUCUCGUUGAAACUUGCUUCUACCCCAAUGAUCGUAGUUUCUUCAGCAAAAUUGGCAAAAGAAGUAUUGAAGACACAAGAUUUAGUAUAUUGUAGUAGACCUUUUAUUUUUGGCCAGCAAAAAUUGUCUUACAAUGGUCGUGACAUGAUCUUUGCACCUUACAAUGACUACUGGAGAGAAAUGAGAAAAAUUUGUGUGCUUCAUCUAUUUAGUUUCAAGAAAGUACAAUUAUUUAGUCCAAUUCGUGAAGAUGAAGUCUCAAGAAUGAUUAAGAAAAUAUCUCAACAAGCUGCCACUUCACAAAUUACAAAUUUGAGCAAUUUAAUGAUUUCACUAACUAGUACAAUUAUUUGUAGAGUUGCUUUUGGUGUUGGGUUUGAUGAAGAAGCACAUAAAAGGAAGAGAUUUGAUUAUAUUUUGGCUGAAACGCAAGCUAUGAUAGCUAGCUUUUUUGUGUCUGAUUUUUUUCCAUGUUUAGGUUGGAUUGAUAAACUUACUGGAUUGACAUAUAGACUUGAGAGGAAUUUCAAGGAUUUAGAUGAGUUUUAUGAAGAACUCAUUGAGCAGCAUCACAACCCCAGUAGGCCAAAAUCUAUGGAAGGAGAUAUUAUUGAUCUUUUGCUUCAAUUGAGGAAAGAGAAAUCAGCACCAAUUGAUCUCACUUUGGAGGACAUAAAAGGACUUCUAAUGGUAAGUUUCCAUUUCUUUGGAUCAGACACUAGCGCAGCUGCAAUAGUAUGGGCUAUGACAGCCUUGAUGAAGAAUCCAAAAUCCAUGAAGAAAGUCCAAGAAGAAAUAAGAAAAUCGAUUGGAGUUAAAGGCAUUGUGAAUGAAGAUGAUAUUCAAAAUAUGUCUUAUCUCAAAGCAGUGAUAAAAGAGACAUUUAGAUUAUAUCCACCAGUUCCACUCCUAGUGCCAAGAGAAUCGAUGAAAAAAUCCACAUUAGAAGGGUAUGAAAUUCAGUCGGGAACUAUAAUUCAAGUUAACUCAUGGGCAAUUGCAAGGGAUCCUGAAGUAUGGGAAAAUUCAGAAGAAUUUAUACCUGAGAGAUUCUUGAAUAAUGAUAUCGAUUUCAAGGGAAAAGACUAUGAGCUAAUUCCAUUUGGAGCAGGAAGAAGAGGGUGCCCAGGGAUUACACUUGGGGUUAUAUCCACGGAACUUGUGUUGUCAAAUCUUCUUUACGCGUUUGAUUGGGAGUUACCUUGUGGAAUGAAAAAAGAGGACAUUGACAUAGAUGUUAGGCCUGGAAUUACCAUGCAUAAGAAAAAUGAGCUUUACCUUAUGCCUAAGAAUUAUCUGUAG